AAGAAAACCAGAUUUGAUUUGCGGCGGACGCGUCCGUCCGUCCCCCCACCCUUUCCCCCUUCCCCCCGUCCGGCGGCGGGGGAGCCACAAAACUGAAACCGAUCGAUCGAACCGAUUCACACGCCACCGCCGCCGCCGCCGCCCUCCUCGCCGCCGACCUCGACUGGGUCCAGGGCCGCCGCCGCCGCCAUGGGGGACCUGGCCUCCACCUGCAAGGAGAAGCUAGCCUACUUCAGGAUCAAGGAGCUCAAGGACGUGCUCAUCCACCUCUCCCUCCCCAAGCACGGCAAGAAGCAGGACCUCGUCGACAGGAUCCUCGCCCUGCUCUCCGACGACCAAGCCCAAUGGCACCUUGGUCGAGGGAGGAAGAACGCGCCCAGCAAGGAGGCGGUGCUCAAAAUAGUCGACGACAUAUACAGCAGGAAGAUGCAAGUCCACGGUCCUCCUGACCUCGUGGUAUCUCCUGCUCAGAGCCAGCUGCCUGUCACGCCGGAUUUCAACCGCAUCAUCAAAGCUAAAAAGGAACAAUUGGGCCCUGACUCUGGCUGCCUUUGUGGUCAAUCCUUUGUUCUCGGGAAUGUGGUCAAGUGCGACGAUUGCCAGGUCCAGCAGCAUAUCGACUGUGUGCUGAUUCCAGAGAAGCCUGCAGUGGGUGUCAGACCUGAAGCUCCAGAGCAUUACUUUUGUCAGUUGUGCCGACUAAUCCGAGCAGACCCAUAUUGGAUUACUACUGGAAAUCCUUUACUACCUGUGAGACUGAUUACAAAUGAUGGAGUGAAUGUUCCUCAGAGUGUGGAGAGAACUUUUCUACUUACUCGAGCUGAGAGGGAGACUGUUCAGAGAGUGGAAUAUGAUAUUCAGGUUUGGUGUAUGCUUCUGAACGACAAAGUUCAGUUCAGGAUGCACUGGCCUCAGAAUGCAGACUUACAAGUGAACGGUAUACAAGUGCGAGUAGUUCCCAGGCCUAGCACUCAGUUACUAGGGAUUAAUGGACGGGAUGAUGGGCCGGUGAUAACAACCUUUUGCCGAGAAGGACAGAAUAAAAUAGUUUUAUCAAGUGAUGAUGCCCGACCAUUUUGUUUUGGGAUCAGAAUUGCAAAGAGGAGGACAGUUGACCAGGUUCUAAACUUGGUGCCAAAGGAAGCUGAUGGCGAGUCUUUUGAGGAUUCUCUUGCUCGUGUUUGUCGCUGUCUCAGAGGUGGAAAUACUACAGAUGAUGCUGACAGCGAUAGUGAUUUGGAAGUGGUUGCCGACUUCUUUCCUGUCAGCCUGCGUUGUCCUAAUAGUGGAUCCCGGAUAAGGACUGCGGGAAGGUUCAAGCCUUGUGCUCACAUGGGCUCUUUUGAUCUGCAAACUUUUGUAGAGCUGAAUCAACGGUCACGAAAGUGGCAAUGUCCAACAUGUCUGAAGAAUUAUUCUAUUGAGAGCUUGAUCAUUGAUCGGUAUUUCAACCGGAUCGCUUCUCUGGUUCGGAAUUGCGGUGAAGAUGUCACUGAGAUAGAUGUGAAGCCUGAUGGCUCUUGGCGUGUGAAGGGUGAUGUUGAAGAUAUAAAAUUGUCCCUGUGGCACCUGCCUGACGGCUCCCUGUGUGAACUGAAACAAGACGCUAAACCUGUUGCUGGUGAUGUAAAAUCUGAAGCUUCAAGAAUUGGCAGCAAGGGAAAUCUAGGCCUUAAUGGAUUGUGGGAAGCUAGUAAAGCUGUUGACAUAAAGCCCUCAAAGCCUAUGAGCAGUAGCCACACUGGAAUUUACAGGGAUGGGGACUACCUAAGUGUGAGUGAGUGCAGCACGCAAAUUGGUGAGAUGUACAGAGUUGAUGAUAGACUACAGCAACAGCUCGAAGAUGCAGAUGUCAUUGUUCUCAGCGACUCCGAUGAUGACAAUGUUGUGACAGUGUCUCCACCAGCUGCCUAUAGUGAUGUUGGUGGUUUGGGAUUUGCUCCCAUUUCUGCGCCAGGAGUUGCUGAAAGUUACCAGGAGGGUGGUGUAGUUGGGGGCCUUGGCCUUGAUUUGUUCAACGACAACAGCGAUAUUUUUGACAUAACUUCCUGGUCUGCGCAACCCCAACCAGAGCAAGGGUUCAAUUUUUUCGGAGCUGAUGUUCUACUUGGUUCUCACAAUUCAUCUGAUGCAGCGCCAAGUGCUUAUACCCUUGGCUGCCAUGCUGGCUCUAGUGACACUUCCAUGGUUCGAGAUCCUUCUACCUGCCAUGUACGCACCAGAAGCUUGGUCGAUAACCUGUUGCCUUUCGGCAAUGAUGAUUCUUCUCUGCGGAUUUUUCUUCCUAUUCAACCAUCUGGCGUUCCCGUUCAGGAAGAACGGAAUGGACAUGACAACAUGUCAAAUGGGGUCCAGCCUGUUGAUGACGAUGAAGACGAAGAUUGGAUAUCUCUUACACUUGCGGCGGGUGGAGGUAGUAAUGAACAGUCUGAGGCAGCAGAUACGGUGAGCACACAAGCACAAAUCGCAGUGGAAGAGAGAAGGAUGGAACCAGCAGACACGCUGAACCCACAAGCACAAAUGACGGUGGAAGAGACAAGGAUGGAACCAGCAGAUGUGUUGAACCCGCAAGCGCAAAUUGCAGUGGAAGAGACAAGGAUAGAACCAGCAGAUGCGUUGAACCCACAAGCACAGAUUGCAGUGGAAGAGAGGACGGAACCAGCAGAUGCGUUGAGCCCACAAGCACAAGUUACAGUGGAAGAGAGAAGGAUGGAACCAGCAGACAUUGUUAACCCACAAGCGCAAAUUGCAGUGGAAGAAAGAAGAAUGGAACCGGCAGAGACGUCGAACCGACAAGCACAAGCACAGAUUGCACUGGAAGAGAGAAGGAUGGAACCAUUGAGUGAUGCUGAAGGCUCGCCUCCCAGCUUGAAUGAUGAGAGGCGUAACAAAGGGAAUUCAAAAACAAGGGCUGAAAAGAUAUUUUCUCCUCCGCGGCAGCCUCGAUCCGUCAGGCCUCGACUAACGACACAGCAGUGACGUUGAGUAGUUCUUCUUUCUUACUUUGGAUAGCUGUGAAAUCAUGAUGUACUUGUGGCCGAUGUAAAGAAGAACCAACAUGAAUGUUUUCAUAGUUUAACCUGAUGUAUAAACUACAGAAGUUUCAAGUGCUGGAAAUGAGGGUGCGCCUGAAGGACAUCUGACGACAUAACAGGAAGUGAGCAAGGAAGGCUUGAUAGGUUUUGUGGCAGUCUGCUGCAGCAUAUUGUACAUUUGACCACCAGACUAUAUAAAAAUAUAUAUGUGCUUUGCCGAAAUGGAAGGCAAACAAAUAGAGAUGUGGAGGUUUGUGUAUCACUAAAUUGUAAUUAGGGGUUGGCUUGUGUGUUGCUAAUAUUGAGUGAGAUGCCCUAGUAUACUUCCUACUCUUUCCGGAAAUUAAAUUAUUUUUUCAUGUUUACUAUUAUUACAUUCUUUUUUCA